AGCCACGGCCGUGAGCAGCGCUGGCCACUGGCACAAUAUAAGACCAAGUGAUCCUGAAUCCGAGGAGAGGGAUUUACUUUAUCAACCUUUCAUUUCAGCCGUCCUUUAUUUUAUUCAGCUAAAACAAUGGCAGAUACUAAAGUGGACUCCGGCUCGGAAAUCACAGCAAAGGAACUGAAAGACAAGAAGCUGCAGGACGAGAAGGAGAACGGCAAGGACGCCGCCACCAACGGAAAGGAGAAUGAGGAGAACGGAGAGCCCGAGGUAGACGAUGAAGACGAUGAUGAGGUGGACGAGGAGGACGAAGAAGAUGAUGGAGAAGGUGACGAGGAAGACGAGGAGGACGAUGACGACGACGUCGAGGGCGGCACAAAACGGGCAGCUGAGGACGACGACGACGACGACGAGGACGACGUCGAAACCAAGAAGCAGAAAACCGACGAAGACGAUUGAUGCGUUUUUCCCCGCGCCAUCCUGCUGAACCACUUCCUGAUUCUUCACCUCUGACUGUUUUUAGAAGUCAGCGGUGGAGAGCUGGAGGACUGACUUAAAGGAAAAAAGAAUAAAAAAAAUCCAACAUGGUCAUUAGCAAGUAGAGUUCAACAAACAUCGACCACGUCCACACACUCUCUCCGCUCUCCCCGCAAAACUGCAAAUUUUCUAGAGGACACACGCCAACACAUCGACGCAGAAAUCCGGCUUCUCUUCGACAACAACAACAACAACAACAACACGAAAGGAGAAUUUGUUUGUAUUUUUAUUUACAUUUUAUAAUUUUGUACAUAUUGUUAGGAGGAGGGGGGGUCAGUUUCUCUCUCAGCAGCGAUCUUGUCAGACCAAAUCGGUGCUUCUUUAAAGAAAGAUUUUACUUGGUUGACCAUGUUACGAUAUCUGGACAGAUACUAGAAGACAAACCUGUAAAAACAGCUCAAAACACGAAAGACAAAACCUCUUAAGCCGUUGAACUCAGAGCAUUCCAGUAAAUUUAAUGUAUGUACUUUAGCUGUACCAUAACUAGUUUGUUUGUAUGGGAGGGUAAGGCCAAAGAAAAGAGCCUCUUUUCUUUUUCCUGUUACUUUUGUUUUUGUCAGCGACUUUUUGUUUUAUGACGGCCUGUUUUGAUGUAUGUGUGAAGUUUGUUGUUUGACAAUAAACCGGACUUUUAUUUUGUGAGUUGUA